CAUCAUCAGCAUGAGACAGAAACGGGUGAAAGGUGUCCUGGUUGUGGCUGCAGUUAUUACACCGAUGGACUGCGUGAAGUGGAGGUCUCCGCCUGAAGAAUGAUGAAUGUCAGCGGCCUCGUCUUUUCUAAAUCUGCGCAGAUCGGAAAGCGGCUGCUCGCCUGUCGCGUGAGGCAUGCUGGGAACCAAGUGCUACGUCUCCAGCAGCGGAGGUCCAUUAAAACUCACCCGAGAAGCCUCGCUUAUGCCAAGGAUUUGUUCCUGGGUCAGGUGAACAAGGCUGAGGUCUUCCCUUAUCCAGAAAUUGGAAAUGAAGAAGUGGAGGAGAUCAACCAGCUUGUUGCACCGGUGGAAAAAUUCUUUAACGAGGAAGUUGACUCGGCGAAGAUUGACCGGGAAGCCAGAAUCCCUCCAGAGACUCUGAACGGGUUGAAGGAGCUGGGACUGUUUGGCAUCAUGGUUCCUGAGGAGUACGGGGGUCUCGGGUUGUCCAACACCAUGUAUGCACGACUGGCAGAGAUCAUCUCAUUAGAUGGCUCUAUUGCUGUAACACUCGCUGCACAUCAAGCCAUUGGACUGAAGGGGAUUCUGAUAGCAGGAAAUGAAGCCCAGAAGCAGAAGUAUCUGCCUAAACUGGCCUCAGGAGAACACAUCGCAGCUUUCUGUCUGACAGAGCCCGGCAGUGGAAGUGAUGCAGCCUCCAUUCAGACCCGCGCAACUCUGUCAGAAGACGGAAAACAUUACCUGAUCAGCGGCUCGAAGAUUUGGAUUUCAAACGGAAACAUGGCAGAUAUUAUGACCGUGUUUGCCAGGACGGAGGUGGUUGUAGAUGGCGUGAAGAAAGAUAAGAUUUCGGCAUUUAUCGUGGAGAGGGCUUUUGGGGGCGUCACCAGCGGCAAGCCCGAGGACAAACUGGGCAUCCGGGGCUCCAACACUUGUGAGGUGUCCUAUGACAACGUCCCAGUGCCAGUGGAGAAUGUAAUAGGAGAAAUAGGUGGUGGGUUCAAGGUUGCCAUGAACAUCCUGAACUCAGGGAGGUUCAGUAUGGGCAGUUCUUCAGCUGGAAUGAUAAAAAAACUGAUAGAAAUGACCUCUGAGUACGCUGCAACCAGGAAGCAGUUUAACAAAAGCCUGAGUGAAUUCGGUAUGAUUCAGGAGAAGUUUGCAGUGAUGGCCCUUAAUGCCUUUGUGAUGGAGAGCAUGGCGUACCUGACAGCAGGGAUGAUGGACAGACCGGGGCUUCCAGACUGUUCUCUAGAGGCCGCCAUGGUCAAGGUGUUCAGCUCAGAGGGAGGCUGGAUUUGUGUCAGUGAAGCUCUUCAGGUCCUCGGAGGUCUGGGUUAUACGAAGAACUACCCCUACGAGCGCUACGUCAGGGACUGUCGCAUCCUGCCCAUCUUUGAGGGCACCAAUGAAAUCCUGAGGAUGUACAUCGCUCUCACUGGAAUGCAGUAUGCUGGCAAAGUCCUCACAGCGAAAAUAAAGGAGAUGAAGAAAGGAAAUAUAGGUCUUGCUUUGGGCAUGGUAGGCAGGAAACUGAGGAACUCAUUCGGCGGUUCAGUGGACCUCGGCCUGACGGGAAAAGAUGGAGUGGUGCAUCCCAGCUUAGCAGAAAGUGCGAAGAAGUUGGAACAGAAUGUCAGCCUUUUUGGAUCGACUGUGGAGAGCCUGCUGUACAGAUACGGAAAGACCAUAGUGGAUGAACAGCUCAUCCUGAAGAGAGUAGCAGAUGUGCUGAUCAACAUCUACGCCAUGACAGCUGUCCUGUCCAGAGCCAGCCGCUCCAUCAGCAUCGGCCUCAGGAAUCACGACCAUGAGGUGCUGCUCGCAAACACAUUCUGCAGCGAUGCUUUCUUCAAGAACAAUUACUUGAUGACUCAGUUGCAAAAGCACUCUCCUGAGAACAACGAUGCCAACAUCAAGAAGAUCGCCAGGGAGGUCUUGGAGAACAGAGCCUACGUCUGCUCUCACCCUCUUGAAAGAACAUACUGAGCCCUCCCAUGUGACCAUAAUACUGUCUCCUCUAUUCUGAUUGAACAAUAUGAACGAGUCUAAUUCACAGUCCCAAUGAUUUCUCUUCUAUUGGUACUUACUUUGACAUUAUGUGUACACUUAAUUAAUAAAUUAAGAGAUUUA